AUGUGUCUCAUUUUCAGGCAUCGCGGUAGUCUCAACGACAAAAGCCUUGCGCCGAACGUCUCUCGUAUCUGGUCUAUCACUAAUGUGAUCAUCAACACUGUAGUUGUCUUUGUAUAUGCAGUUAUUAUCGUACUUGUACGCGUCAAAGGGAAUUCCUCGGCGUACCGCGAGAACCAAAAGGCGAUUCGGCGUCUCAAGGUCAUUGUGAUAAUUUUUGUCUGCUCCUGGUAUAUGGCGAUUUUAGGAGUGAAUUUCGGCUAUAUCUUAGGAUUUUCACCUAGUGUUUUAGCCAUAUAUCAGAGUAACAUGGUGAGUUUUAGAGGAAAUUCGGCUAUGGAGGUGUUCUUUGCUCUGCUAUGCUACUCGCAAGCCUUCUAUGUGUGUAUAUGGCGUUCUCGUGAGUACAGAACAGCGUUCAAGGAGCAGUUGUACUUAAUGACCUGUCGAAAGAUGAAAAAGAAAGGCUUCCAGAUGAUCACAGCUUCAAAAGCUGGCCCACGGACAGCUACCUUGGCUCCCAUGUAA